CCUGGAUCUUCAUCUCCCCACUUCCCUUCAAAACAUUUUGCACUGCCACAACUUGCUUAUAUCCAACGCCGCUAUACUGCUAGCGCAAAGCCACAGGGAAUAAUAGAUUGAAAUUAAGAGGAAACGACCUUGCAAGAUCCAGAAAAAUGGCUGCUUUGAUUGAGAGAGAAUCACUGGCAACAGAGGCUCGAUUCGCACCUGUGACAUCUGAGAGGAAGGUCAGAGAUGACUUGGAAGUCUCUCUUCCAAAGCCAUAUCUGCCCAGAGCAUUGGGUGCUCCUGAUACAUACCAUCCAUAUGGCACACCUGGCCACAAACAUUACAACAUGAGUGUUCUUCAGCAGCAUGUAUCGUUUUUCGACUCUGACGACAAUGGAAUCGUUUAUCCUUGGGAAACUUACACUGGACUGCGAGCAAUUGGUUUCAAUAUCAUUGCCUCUCUUUUUUUCGCCAUUGUUAUCAAUGGAGCGCUCAGUUAUCGUACCCUGUCUGGCUGGUUCCCUUCUCCUUUCUUUCCUAUAUACAUAUACAACAUUCACAAAGCCAAGCAUGGGAGUGACUCUGGAACCUACGACACAGAAGGAAGGUAUGUGCCGGUCAAUCUUGAAAACAUAUUCAGCAAGUACGCUCGUACAGUGCCAGACAAGCUCACUCUUCGCGAGUUAUGGGAAAUGACAGAAGGGAAUCGAGUUGCAUUCGACCUCUUUGGAUGGAUUGGAGCCAAGAUGGAGUGGGGGCUUCUGUAUAUCCUGGCCAGGGACGAGGAAGGAAUGCUGUCUAAAGAAGCGGUGAGGCGCUGUUUUGAUGGCAGUUUGUUCGAGUACUGCGCCAAGAUGAAUGCUGGCGGAGAGGCUAAGAUGGGUUAGAAAGCCUACAGAGUUGGUGUUUGGUAUGUAUGAAGUUGGGGGUUGUAAUAAUUGAAAGACAUGCAUGGACCUCUUUAAAUACUUUUAAGUCUCGAGUGGCUCAGACUAAAAGCUAUUGUAUUUAUAUAGAACCACUAACUAGCGGGCGAUGCCGUAUGCAUAUGGUGCUUAAAUGUUGGUAUGUGUAUUUAUUUUUCUUCA